GGGUUCUCUUUCGGUCACCUAUGUCACAGAGUAAGCUUGAAGCUCUUGGCUUUCGACGAAGUUGAGCCAUUAUCAGGCAGCAAUGCAAGUCGAGACAUGGACUCACGGUCACCGAGAUACGCAAAGUCCGAACGCGUGCAUGAGUGAACGUUUGUAGCUCUCGUUCUCUCUUAUCAGUCUAUGUCAUUGCCAAGCGCCCAUGUCUCCUGUUGGGGGAAGCAUCAAGUAUAAGUAUGCCACAUGUCACCCUCUCUUCCAUGUCUUCAUUUCAACAGCAACCAACAUUUGAUCCCUCCACCUCGAACACUUCACAAUGCAGCUCACCAACCUCUUCACCGACGCGGCCGCGGUGGUGGCCGAUAAGGCCUGUGACCUGAAGUUGGGCGGCACGUAUGGCCCCGAGGGCACGUACAAUGGAAGAAAGGCCGCGUGCUUCAACACGCCCCACGGAAAGAUGGACUUUAUCAUCACCCACAUCUCGGAUGGCGAGAGGGAUCUCUCACAAGAGGAGUGCUACGACGGUCUCCAGAAGGAAAUUCAUGGCUGCGGCAAGGGAGGAUCAUCCAGCUACACGAACUGGCGUUACAAGGCCGAUCCCAACGAGGGCGAGUGCUAG